UUUAUACAAAACAUUUGAAAAGAUUUCAAUUCAUGAUUUAUGGUAAAUAGUGAUGAUAAUUUACCCUUAUUUUCUUGUGUCCCGACAGGUGUUUGUUUACCUACGCAUGUUUGCUUCAGACAGCGGGUUUGAGAUCCUUCCGUGCAAUCGCUACUCCUCGGAGCAAAAUGGAGCAAAAAUUGUAGCAACAAAAGAUUGGAAGAGAAAUGAUAAAAUAGAACAUCUUGUGGGAUGCAUUGCUGAGUUGUCUCUCAGUGAAGAGAGGAUGUUGCUUCGACAUGGAGAGAAUGAUUUCAGUGUCAUGUACUCUACACGCAAAAACUGCGCUCAACUUUGGCUGGGACCAGCAGCUUUUAUAAACCAUGAUUGCCGGCCAAAUUGCAAGUUUGUGUCAACAGGCCGAGAUACCGCCUGUGUGAAGGUUCUACGGGACAUUGAACCGGGGGAAGAGAUCUCCUGUUACUAUGGAGAUGGAUUCUUCGGAGAAAACAAUGAAUUCUGUGAAUGCUAUACUUGUGAAAGGCGGGGCACUGGUGCGUUUAAGUCGAAAGCGGGGUUGCCUGUGGAGACACCAGUGAUCAAUAGCAAGUAUGGCCUUAGAGAGACGGACAAGCGUCUCAACAGACUGAAGAAGCUGGGGGAAAGUUGCAGGAAUUCGGACAGCCAGUCUGUCAGCUCCAAUGCAGAGGCAGACUCUCCGGAACCAACCACUGUUCAAACAUCAUUAAGGAAGAGGACAUCACAGUCCUGUGUCACAAAGCAUGGAGAAGCCAAGGCUGCAACAAGGCAAACUCUGUCAAGCACUCCUUCUACCUCAUCCUCUACACAAAGUCAAGCAAAUAUCUCAAGUUUACCAAAGAGACUUAAGUCAAAGCCCACACAUCCUUUGCCUAAAGGAAGAAGACGAUGUCGAAGCGUAUGGACGAAAGCCCCUAGCAGAGUGAGUGGUAAUGGGAAUCUCAAAGAGCCCUCCAGAAGAGACACGCCCAGACGAGGUUCUGAUCAGGGCUCUGGAGGCAAAGGCAGUGUGGUGCGCCCAUUAGAAAACAAUCAGAGCUCUUCAAAGGGUGCUUCCCCAUGCAAGGAUAGCAUACUUUGUGCGUACAGAACUCGUAGGUCCACAAGGACCUCUCUUGGUGCUCAGGGGACUGAUAUCAGUACACAAACUUCAAGUCAGCCGUUUAUCCCAGCCACAGGUCACAGUGGUGAGGUCUUCAAGACUGAGCCUGGGGACCUUAUCCCUGUGACACCUGGGCACCAGAUGAACACCCCUAGUUUGGAGACAAGCUGUCCUAAGAAAGGGAUGUGUCCCAGACGAAGGAGGACAGUAAAACGGGAAGACUCUGGCUCCUAUGGAGAGGUAUUUCACCAAGAGGGUGUACCUGACCUGCGGCAUGCAGUACGGGCUGCAGAUGUAGCCGACUGUGGGACGGUGGUGCUUGGCCUCCCAGGUGAUCACCAGCAUUACAAUGGCUCAACUAAAAGCAGCAAGGCCCUCCGCCGAAGCAAGAGCAAGAAAAAGCGUCAGAUCACACGCUAUGAUGCUCAGCUGAUUUUGCAGAAUAACUCAGGCAUCCCCAAGAUAACACUACGCAGGCGUCGAGACAGCAGCAGCAGUAAAAAUGAGCCCAGAGAGUCCAACUCUUCAAGCUCCUCCAAAAUCAGCAUCAAGUUUAGUAAAGAUCAUGAGAAGGACAUGAGCAGCCAAUACGUGGCCAAACUGAACAACGGCUUCAACCAUGGCUCCCACAGCAGCUCCACCAAGCUAAAGAUACAGCUGAAACGAGAGGAGGACAGCACAGGCUUGCAUCGGGCUUACCCAGAGGAUGUCACUUUAGGGUUAGUGAAUAGAGAAGCAGGGGAUGUUCUGGAUCAUAAGGUGAGCACUCAGGUAGGCCAGAACAUGCACGUGGAAUCAUUGUCCUCUGAGGACGAAGAGGAGGACUACUUUGAUAACGAGGAUGAUUUCAUCCCGCUCCCACCAGCAAAACGCCUACGUCUUAUUGUGGGCAAAGAUUCCAUAGACAUUGACAUUUCCUCUAGAAGAAGAGAAGACCAGUCUCUAAGACUCAAUGCAUAAGCUGUGUAAAUAUCCAUUGUUUCAAUCAUGUUAAUUUGACAAAUUUAAUUUAAAUAGAAAAUGCAAAUGUACAAUUAAAUCAUGGCAAAAUAUCUUUCUUUACAUUUAAGUGAUGGCACUUCUUGGUUUCCUCACUAUGAAUAUAAAUAUUGUAGAAAGUGUACAGGUUAUGUAUGAAUUCUAUCCAAGUCUGAUAAUGUGCAGAUGUUUGUUAGCAUUCUGUCCAGCUUAACUGUUUUAUUCCAUAAAUCUCUUGAGCUUUAUGUUGCGGUAGGAUGAUUGCAAGGUGUUUUUCCACUUGGGAGACAUAUGCUUGGUUUCACCUCAAAAGGUUGACUCAUAUUGAAACAACAGUGUUCCCAUGCUUUCAAGAAUUAUGUCUCUCUCCUCUGCUUGAUUGAGUUAAAGGGAAUAUUUGAGCAAAAAUGCAGAAGAGCUUUGACAAAAUACUUACAUUUAUAUAUGUCUCACCACUUGAAGUUUGUUUUUUUUUUUUUUUUUUUUUUUUUAAUCAUGUGUCAGAUAUUUUGGCCAUGGAAGGCCAUGGUGCUCAUUGUGGUGGCCUGGUGCUGGUCCAUUAAGAUAUUGGACAAUUAAUUAUUAUUCUGUGAACGUCAGAUCUUUUUGUGUGAUUUUGGAAGUCCAUAGAUAAGCGUGUCUAAGGGUAAAAUUCCUCAAUAAAUGGGUUGUACUAAGAUGUCAUUAAUCAGUAAUCUGUUUUUUUAAUCAUGGUCACUGUGCAAUUCAGUACAUCUAAUUGACUUUGUGGUUUUGUGUGCAUUUUGUGCUCUGCCUAAAAAUUGUAAAAAAAAAAAAACCUGGAGGUAUUCAAAGCAGUUGUGUGUUUCCAUUGUUCACCCUAUAAGUAGGCAGCUGCCAUGUAAGGCUAUUUUAUUUGAACUUUUCUCUAUCUUUUAUUAUAUAGUUUACAUUCUGUAGUGUCAAAGAUCUGCCAUCUGUGGUCUGAAAGAUGUUAUCAGCUUUUUUCCUAAUGAUCACAGAACUCCAAUGGUCUCAAGCUCACAAACUGACUCUAAAGAAUCAUGACAGUAACAAUGUAGGAUGUAUACAUAAUCUGGGGGCAUACUCGCUCUGUAUAUUCUGGGACUUGUUUUUAUUUAACUGUUUUAAGUACUUGAAAACAAUAUAAAACUCAUUUUCAAGAUA